UUUGUAUGUAGAGACAGUGGGCUGUUUGGCCUAUAUCAAAUUGCCGGUUUACACCGCGGGAAGGAAAUAUGUUUACAGAGGUAGAACUGCCUGUAGUCUUAGUACUGUAUUUACAAGUGUGUGUUUUGUUUUUUUAGUCGUCGGUUAACAAUGGAUUUAUUUUAGGUGAUAAUAAUAUUAACUAACACAACAGGAACGGAAGACUGGGCGAGAACUGCAUUGGCAGCUUCAUUAACUUUUUGCGCAAGAAAGAUUCUUAAGGCUGUAACCGUCCUGGAAAUAUGUCUCGUCGGCUCACAAGAGAAGAGUUAGAUGAACAAUUUGAGCAAUUCCUAAAGGAGUCUGUCUCUGAUGAUUCCAUCGACUUUGGAAAUGCAGCAAGGUCCAGCGUCUUGGAUACAUUGGGAGAUGCCGAAAAGAAACAAAUCAAGAAGAAAGACUCCAAACCAUGGUGGAACAGUGAUGAUCAUGACGAUGGUGAUUCCUCUGUAAAAGGAAUACUGGCAACAGGCAGGAGCUUUCUCAAAUCCCAAAGGAGCUCGGAGACUAUUGAAGAAGUAGAUGAAGAGGAGCAGAAAGAGAAGUCACCGGGUCAGCCGAAUGACAAUAUAGCUGUGUCUAUCAGCAGAGACAGUUUGGAACCUGAAGACUUUGUGAUGGCUUCAGGACCUGGGCCAAGUGCUGUGGGGGUCGGAAUGGACACUUUAGAUGAAGAGGAAGAAAAGGAACGUUUUUUUGCUAACCUUGAAAGGGGAGCGUCGUCCACUAUUGAUUAUUCAAAAUUAAACAAAGAGCUGGACUCGACAGGCUCCACUGUCAUGGCAACUUUGAGAAACAAUGAAAAGCCAGCAUUGGAAAAAGAGGAGAACAAAGAGGAAAAAGAGGACUCUCUGCCUAAAAGUACACAUAUUUCUCCUGAUUACAGUGAAGAUUUCGAGGAGGAUGUGGAUGGCAGGGAAGACCAAGAAAUAUUACUUCGUCCUGGCAGUAGUGAUCAUUGUGAGAAAGAGAAGCUUGACCAGGGAUCAAAGAAAAUUGGAAUGCUAGCUAAAGUGUCACUGCUUGAUUCGCAAGAGUCAAAACACAGUACAGGGAGUGAAAAGGAUGAUGGAAUAAUGAAAGUGGUUUCAUAUGGGCAAAGUGCCAGUGAGAUUGAAGCACUACAAGAGGCCUAUCGCAAGAUUAAUCAUUCUUUGGGAGACACUGAUGUUGAGCAGAAACCGUUAAUGGGUGAAAGCGGAAAGAACAAAAGUUCAUUUCUGCACACUCUUGAAAAUACCAGAGAUACAACACAAAAUAUUACUACCGAAUCAGAUAUACCUACAGUAGAAGAACUGAUGAAACCAAUUGGAAGAGAAGCCCGUGGAUUCGAAUUGCAACCAGUAAGUGACAUUGGGCAGCGAUUUGGCAGACUGGAUGAUAUAGCCAGUAAGAAUUCCUUGGAAGAGCAGCGCAAGGUUUCUGAAGAGAAGCCUGCUUUAAAUUAUUUUUCAGAGGGUCAGAAUUGUGAAAAGAGACAUGGUUUCCCAAAGGCUUGUGGAGAAGCUGUUGAUGACAGAGACAGAAGAAUUGAAGUGGAUAACCUAAUGCAAUAUGUCUCAAAGGCCAAGAUUGUUCCAAGACAUUCUUCACCGGUGGAUACUGAUGGAAAAAUACACAAGGCAAAUGAUUCAGAACUAUCUUCUAUGUUAAGUGGAGGUGAAACUGCGGAUCCUGGUCGAAAAACCCCAUCCAAGAAAACCAAAAGCCCACAAUUUAGAAUGAAAAAAACUUUUGGUGACACCUCUGCAGCUGUCAAGAGUUCUGGAUAUGGCAAAGGUGGUCUCUCAACAAAGCAACUUUUACCUGUGAGUGAUAAGAAGACAGUGAACAAACAUCCUCAAAAGAUGGGUCCAAAAGGUAGAUUACCAGCAGAGAAAGCAACAAGCAAGCUAAAAGGUGAAAAUAUAGGAGGAAUGUCGCAGAUGCAGACAUUUAAUUCCACAAUGACAAAAUGUGGGCUAAAGAUGGAUAAUGGACUUUUUGCUUCAGUGCAUUCGUUUGCUGAUUAUCUGCAGCAGCAGAUCGACAGGAGUAUAAGUGUAAAAGGCCCCGGGCGAAUACAAGAUCAUAUGAUAGAAUCUUCUGGAAAUGCAAUAGAAGAGCUUCCAAUGCAUCACAAUUCACCAAAACAUGCAAGAAACAUCCAAAGAGAGAUCAGCCUGUUACAAAGGGCAGAGGAAGCUCAUGAAAGAUUGAGCACCGAACACAGCCUGGUGGAGAAGCUCAAAGCUGAGUUACAGCAAAAGGAGAGGGAGCUUCAGCACAGAGAUGAAGAGCUGAGGCUCAGGCAUGAGAAAGAAGUGUUUGAGCUGAAGCAGGAGAAUUACAUUAUACAGACUAAGCUCCACAGCAUAGAAGAAGCCAAUAAGAAAAAUAAAUGGGUUUUUGGUGACCCAGGUGACCCAAUAACAGAGCAGAAGUUGAAGCUUAUAGAAAAGGAGGUUAAGGAACAAGAGAUACUCAUUCAAGGCUACCAUCAGGAAAAUGAAAAGCUGUACAGACAGACAAAGGAACUCCAGGCUCUAAAUAAACAAAAUGAGGAAUUGAUGUUCAAGGAGAAUCACCGUUUAAUGACUGAACUGGCUUUCUUGAAGGAACAGAUGACCAAGAGUAACCUUCAACAAACUGUAGGUCAUGACAGUGAGAUGAGCAGAAACCAGUCUUUUACAGAAUUACUUGUACAGCUGAGAGCUGCUCAGAAAGAGGAGGCAAAGCUAGUGGAAGAAGUAAGAAGACUUAAGCAAGACAAACAGUCUCUCGAGGUGGAUCUUGUUCAUAUGAAAAAGGAAAGGGAUCUUGCUAAAGCCCGAGUCAUUCAUACAUCAGGUGAUAAAACCUUUGAGAUGAAGAUCAUGGAAGACCAAUAUAAGCAAGAAAUCUGUGGUUUGAAAAAGAGAUUGCAGUGGUAUGCUGAAAACCAGGACCUUCUGGAUAAGGAUGCACAAAGACUCGGAGCUGCGUCCACUGAGAUACGGAAACUGAAAGAUCAAGUGGAAAAACUCAAGACAGAAGUUGGAGACCGAAAUGUGCAACAACAAAGAAAAUUCAAGGAGAGAGUAGGUGAUGCAAAAAGAAUUCAGGACCUUGAGAGACAGGUAAAGGAAAUGGAGGACAUUAUUCGGAGAAGGCAUCCAAACUCCCUGCCUGCCUUGAUCUUUGCUGCUGCUUCAGCCACAUCCGGUGAAGGAGAUGCUUCUUCCAAAGGUGAUACAGUGAGUUUCCUGGAGAAGAGGAUUACCAGGCUGGAAGCUGAUCUUGAAGGUAAAGAUGAGGAGGCCAAGAAGAGUCUUCGAGCUAUGGAGCAACAGUAUCAGAAAAUAAAGAUCAAAUAUGAGCAAAGGAUUUCAGAGUUGGAGCAGCUGUUGUCCUCCAAACUUAUGAAUGAACAUGAUAAACCUCACCAGUAUGCUACCAAAGCUAAGGUAUUAGAAGAGGAAAUUACCCUACUAAAAGAGGUUUACAAAACCAAUGAAACAACUCUAAAGAGUGAAAUUGACACACUUCGAAAACAGCUUGCAGAAGAAAAAAAGAGAACUUCAGAAGAAUAUUGGAAAAGUCCCCAAAAAACUGAAAAGUUUGUGGAGGGGACACAAUACAAAGUCAGGAUAGAGAAACUCAAUCAUGAAUUGGCCGCCAAAAAUAAAGAGAUACAAGAACUGUUAAAAACAAUUGACAGACUUCAAAAGGAAAGAAGGACUCUGCUUUCUGGCCAAACUGCAGCUGAGAAAGCACGUGAGAGCAGACUGAAGUCUUCCAAAGGAAGCAUAAAAGACACUCUUCCUGUACCUGACACAAAAGUUGUAGGUGACAUUCAGCCCUUUCCUGCUUCUUUGGAUGAGAAAUGUUACCAGCCCCUUGCCUUUACUGGUUCUCAUAUAUCUGAAGUCCUACAAGAAAAUGAAAAGCUGAAAUUAGACAUGGAACAGCUGAAGUUAGAAAUGAACCAGCAAAUAUUAAAACUGCAGGCAUCAGCUGCACAGGCAGAAUGUGAAGCUAGAAGGGCACGUGAAGAAGCAGCUGAACAUAUUUCAGCUUUAAAAGGAGAACACCAGAAAAAGCUGGAACGAAUACUUACCCGCCAGGCUUUGGAGCACUCUUCAUCAAAAGUGGCAGAACUCACAAGUAAAAUCUCUACACAAGAGAUAAUGAUUAAGCAUCUUCGUGAUCAAGCCAGUGAGCUUCAGAGGACUAAAGAAGCACUUGCUGUUGUACAAGUUCGUGAAGAAACACUGCGAACUCAGAUGUUAAGACAGUUGGAAGAACUAAAAGAAGCGAAGGAGAGUCACACCCCUGAGCUAAAGCACUUCCUAGCUCUGGAUAGGAAAAUAAAGAAUAUCGAGAUGAGGCAUGCACAGAGAGAGCAAGAACUCCAACAGCAGACACGUCACAUUGUUGAUGAAGAGAAACUCCAAGAAGCUGAGAAGUGGAAGGGGCUGGCCCAGUUAAGGACUCGGGAAUUGGAGACUUUUAGAGUUGAGUUAGAUUCAAUUCUGAAUGUUCUGCGCGAGCUGCAGAAACAAGGAGUUGUCAUUCCAGCUCCUAGCGCUGUAGGAACCAACUUCUGAGAACGCAUUUGGAAAACAUAACAAAAUACUCUAUUAAAAGUAACAAAUUAUCAUCAUUCAAUGUAAUGUAAUUAAUAAGUGUAUUGAAAACUGAUACAGAUUGUUUUUUCCAUAUAUUUAUCUUGUCUUUAUGAAAAUGUGAAAUUUUUUUUUAAAAAAAGAUAUCCUAAGGGAACAAUAUAUAUGUUUAAUUUCAAAUGUAGAA